AUGAAUGAUGUAAAUGACAGCUUGUGUGAGCAAUACUGUAAGAAUCCACCCGCCAGCCCAAAAAGCAGAAUCCAGCAGCCUGGUCGAAGAGUUUUGAAAAUGGAAGCAUCAGGAAAACUGCUGUCAUCACGACUGCUUUCCCUGCUGAAGAACGGACAAUGGGCAAAAGAUGAUGUUGUUAAGUUGUUUAAAGCCCUCGUGAAAGAAUUUAAUGGCAGAAAUGUAGAUUUUCACACAUGGAUGAUGAGAAUCCUUCAUCAAGUGGAGAUUCACAAAAUCCAAGUGUCAGAUUUGACUUUGCAAAAUGGUGAUAAGAUUGUGGAACAUGUUGAGGUUAAAAUUAAUAAAAUAGCCAAAAACACUGAUGAGAAAACACUGGAUGAGAUUAUGGAUGAAAUUCGUAAACAAGGAAAUACUGAUGAAGAAAUUAUGGCACAAGUGAAAGAUAUUGUGUCCUCUGUGUCUGAAUGUCUAAAAGAUACAACACCACCACAUCUAGAAGGAAUAAAGCAAAAGUUAUUCAAGAUCUGCAAAGCAGUGCAAAAUAAAAGCAAGAACAGAAUAACACCUCGUCUGACUCAGAUGGUGAGCUGGUGCAUUCUGGUUCUUUCUAAAUCAAGUCGGCUGGUUCAGGUUGGAACAGGAGAAGGAAAGUCGUGUAUCGUGGCAAUGUUUGCAGCAUAUCAGGUCAUGGUGGGAAACACCCCUGAUAUCAUCUCCAGUUCUCCUGUACUCGCUGAAAGAGACGCUGAAGAAUGGUUUGACUUUUACAAGGAACUGAAUAUCACUGUUGACGUCAACAGCAACAAAACCAAAGACAAAGAGCUGAAGAAGUGCUAUGAAUGUCAGGUGGUCUACGGUACGACUGACCGUUUUGCAGCUGAUUUUCUGAGACAGCGCUUCCACAGAAGAGAUGUGAGACCUAACAGAGAGUUUCAGUGUGUUAUAGUGGAUGAGGUGGACUCGCUAAUGCAGGACAAAGGUCUUGAAGUGGUCUACCUGAAUAGUAAUAUGCCUCUCAUGGAACCAUUGAAUGGAUUACUGGCUGAAAUUUGGUUUGUCAUCAACCAGCUGAAGCGUUUAGACUCUGGAGAGAUUUUAGGGCACAUUCAGCUCUUCUCUGAGGUUCUGUCUGAAAUCAUGCAUGAAAACAAAAACAUUGAUCAUCUCAGUGUUGGGCAGACAGCUGUGGACGCAGGAAUUAUGCCUAUGAAAUCUUCAAGACAAAACAAAACAAAUGUUUUAAAACAACUAGAUAAUGCAAGUGUUGUGCAAAUGGUGGCUUUUUUAACCAUGUUCGUGGGGAAUUACCCUGAGUAUUUCUUCAAAUUAUACCAGGAAAAUUCUGAUGGGUCUUUAAGGAAACUGAAUGAAAUCAGUCCUGCAGGUAAAAAUAAGAGACAAGAAAUAUCAGUUCUUCUUCUGGGAAAUGGAAAAUGUCGUGUUAUGCACUUUGAGGAGGACUCGGUAGUUACAUCAAUGGGGAAAAGGAUUAAAAUGUCUGAAUCAGUAAAGGUACAAAAUUAAUCUAAUAUCCCAGGGCUUCAAGACCUCAUUAAUGACAAGGCACAAACUUGGAUUGAAAAUGCUCUGGAAGCCACCAAAAUGACUCUGGGCAAUGAAUACGUCCUUCAUGGAGAUGGAGUCCCUCCUGUUGACUACAAAUGCACUGGUGUUGUACAAAACAACAUGAGAUGGGGGGAAGGACUUCAGCAGUUUCUGGAGAUGAAACACCAAACUAAACUCUCCAACAUGAGUCUAAUAACAAACUUCAUGUCUAAUGUGGGUUUAUUCAAGAAAUAUGCAAAUCAUGUCUAUGGGAUCACAGGAACUUUGGGUGACCAAACAGAGCUUGACAUGCUGAGGAAGCUCUACAAUGGCAUUGAGAUGUGUAAGAUUCCCUCAUUUAGACAAAGAAAACUUUAUGUGUUGGAGGGUUUGGUGAUAGCUGAAGAAGACGAGUGGGUCAGGACCGUCUGUAAUGUUGUUAAACAUCAAGUGACCUCCACGGUUUAUCGAGGUCCACGAGCAGCUCUUAUCAUCUGUGAAACCAUCAAUCGUGCAGUUAACUUUCACAAGACUCUUGCAGACACCAUUUCAAAAGACAAACUAAAACUCUAUGUGAAUAACAACAUGGAUAACUCUACAAUAAUAGAUAACAUAGUCCAAGCGGGGGACGUCAUCAUUGCAACUAAUCUAGCAGGUCGAGGUACAGACCUAAAGGUCAGUGAAAGUGUAAAUGAGGCUGGAGGUCUGUUUGUGGUGCAAACCUUCUUACCUCUGAACGUCCGUGUCGAACAGCAAGCAUUUGGACGAACGGCUCGUCAAGGGAGUCCAGGAUCUGCUCAACUCAUCAUGUGCGCCAGUCAUUUCUCUGAUUUAGUCAAACUAGUGAUGGGUGAAAACACAUAUCUCAUCGACUUACUCAGCCAUCUGAAUAGUUUAAUACAGAAAUCACACAGUCUCAAAGAGAUUCUAUUUGAGGAAACUGUUAAUUACUUCCUGGAAAAUCACAGCUCUCAGACUCAUGAUGCAAUGGUUUCUGCUCUGAUAGACCUCCUAACAAUAAAUUCAUUCCCAUCACAGGAAAGCAAUCUGGAAAAGGCAAAAGACGCCAGAAAUAUUCUGGUGAACAUUAGACUCUCUGGGUUUCUUGAAAAAGACAUUCCAGAAAUCAUGAAUAAGGAAGAGUUUUUUUCUGUUUAUCUUGACAUUUUGGAUGGCGUUUAUGAAGAUGAUGUUUUUUCAGACCAGCGUGAUGUAAUCGUGUCCUCUCUUCAUGAGUGCUGGGGUUUGUGGCUCUUGAUGAACCUCAGUGAGGAAAAGCCCACUGAGAUGAUGAAGGAACAGCUGAAGCUGGACUUGUCGAAUGCAAAGCGAAAACUUUUGUGCAAACAGUCCCCAUCCUCCAUGGUCUACUAUUACAUCAGGUCUGGAAACAAUCUCCGUGAGAAGGGCAGCCUUACUGAAAGCAUUGAGAUGUUCACCAAAGCUUUGGGGGACGGUAUUUGCAGGGAGAUUAUUCCUCUCUAUAAUCGUGCAUUGGCCACUAUUAAGAAGAAAGACAUUGACUAUAUUGCACGAGCAUUGGCUGACCUGCAAAGGGCUGACAUGGCAAUAGAUUCAUACAAGUCUCAACUCGCACAGAUUCUGACAUAUGUGAAGUCAUCAAGUCAAGAGCCAAAAGUGGACGGGGAUACUUUGCUCUCCAAACAGUUUAGAGUGAAGUAUAUGAUUGUAGAUCUACUCAAGAUGAACAUUCAAGACUCUGUAAUAAAGUUGAAGAGGGUUGAAAGCAGAGGAGGAAAUGUGAGACUCAGACCUUCUUGCCUCUGA